CCGGACUGAACAUCUCUCCGCCGGGAAGUUCGUUUUUGGUUGAAAGGGAAAGUGCACAGUGUUCUAGUGUUUUCUGCAAUGUUUAAAUAUUUGUCCAUCGUUGCCCUACUUGUGGCCUGCCAAAUGGCACGCACAUCGGCCUUCUGGUGCUUCACCUGUACCACCUGGAAUAGUACCAACUGCUUGGUGCCGGAUCAAAACAUUCUGCUCACGGAAUGUCCACCGUCGCCCCAAACAUCGUCCGUGACGUGCUUCACGCGAAUCGUUGGCCAAAACGUGGAGCGUGGCUGCGUGGUAGGGAUGACGCAGGCGGAAGUGGACAACUGCAGUCUGGUGAACAACUGUCAGCUGUGCUCGAACGACAACAAUGUGGCGUGUAAUGGUAACCUUUUCCCGCAUGGCCGUCUAACCUGCCACCAGUGCGAAGGAUUGACCAACAGUACCUGCGGGCCGGAGCUGGAGAGCGCUCCGACACCGUGCCUGCGCUUUGCGGCCGACGAUCAGUGCUUCGUGCAGGUCCGGGACAACUCGGUUCUGCGGGGCUGUACCUCGGAAAACACGGGCUGCCACGCCGAUCGCAACUGCCACGCUUGCUCCGGCAAUGGGUGCAACUUCCGACACUUUGACCACGAUGCCGCCGCCAGUUUGGUGCCGCAGAGUUGGAUCAAACUGCUUGUGGGUGCACUGGCCCUCGGUGCGAUCGUAGGCAGCAGCCUAUAGAAACGUUGCGGAACGGACAAAACGUUUGUAGUUUUAGGUUUGCGACAUUAGAGCACCACGAAGUAGUUAUACAUCGAAAUCAU